AUGACUGGAGAAAACGAAAAGAGCCACUGUUUUAAAGUAGAAAAUAAAUUUAUCGUGAAAAGUGGCUGUAAAAAACGUAUGUGGAGGUCUCUUAAACAAAUAUUAGCUACUGAGAGAACUUUACCAUGGCCAAGUGAUGCUGUUCUUUAUUAUUCUAUAAAUGCACCUCCAACAUUUAAACCCACAAAAAAAUAUUCAGAUAUUUCUGGUCUGCCUGCGCCAUAUGUUGAUCGUCAUUCUAAACUAUAUUACAGUAAUUCAGAAGAAUUUGCGACAGUAAGAAGUUUGCCUAUGGAUAUUACAGCUGGAUAUCUCCAGUUAAGAGGUGCUAAUACAAUUGUAGGA